AUGAGACCAGAUAAAAGUUUUAGAAUUUAUCCUAGACCAGAUCAAGAUUACAAAAAGAAGGAUUCCCUAGAUAUACAAAAGGUUACAGGCAAAUUAUAUGGGAAAAGACCAACUGGAAACAAGGUCUAAGCUUAUCUUUGGAUAUUGUGCUUUAUUAUUGGAGUAGUAAUGGGAUCUAUAGCUUUCAUCAUGGAUAUUAUUGUUGUUGAAUUAGUUGAUUUAAAAUGGUAAUCCACUUAGGAUAUAGCAAGGACUAAUGUAGGGUUGGGAUGGUUCGUACUAAUCUUAUAUAGCUUAUGCUUUGUAUUUAUUGCAGCUGUGAUUUCUGUAUAUAUUGCUCCAGCAGCUAUUGGCUCUGGAGUAGCUGAAGCAAUGGGACUACUGAAUGGAAUUGCUUAAUAAGAUUACAUUUGUUUGAAAACUCUUGUUGUGAAAACCUUAGGUGUUUCACUUGCAGUAGCAGGUGGACUCUGUGGUGGUAAAGAGGGUCCAUUAGUGCACAUUGGAUCAAUAGUAGGAUAUGCAAGUGCAUAUAUUCCUAUGAAAUUUACAAGAUAUUUUAGAAAUGACUUUGAAAAGAGAAAACUAAUGGCUGUAGGGACAGCGGCUGGAGUUAGUGCUGCCUUUGGAGCCCCUAUUGGUGGAUCCCUUUUUGCUUACGAAAUAUCAAAGCCUAGCACGUUUUGGUCUUUCUCUCUAACAUGGAAAACAUUCUUUGCAUCUACAAUAAGUACUUUUGUGCUUAGUGUUUUUAAGCAACUUUAUGAUGGUAAAUUCCCUAUCUAUGUAUCAAGUUCAGAUAUUGUAAAACUAGGAGCAUCAUAAAAACCAGUAACACUAGAUAGUUUGUUCGCAGCAGUGAUAAUAGGAAUAUCAGGGGGUUUUUUAGGAGCAUGCUUUAUUAGAAUAAACAAUCAAAUCAACAAGUACAGAAAAUAAUAUCUCAAAGAAAAAUGGAUGAAGGUAGCUGAGGCAUUAUGUCUAACAUUAGUAACAAUGACUACAUUUUAUAUAGCAAUGUACAUUAAAUAUGCUUCAGAUGAUGACCCUAAUAAUGAUACAGAAAUAUGCUAGAAAUUAAAGCCAGAAGUACCAUCAAGAGAAUUUCUAUGUCCUGAAGGUACCUUUGAUAGAUUAGCAACUAUAUUAUUUGAUACUCAAUCAAAUACAAUAAAAACCUUCAUGUCUGACAGACGUGAAAUUCUUUGGUAAAAUGCCUUGAUAUUCGGAAUUAUAUGGUAUAUUUUUCUUUGUUUAACAUCAGGAGUGGCUGCACCUCUUGGUAUUUUUAUUCCCUGUAUACUUAUUGGUUGCAGUCUUGGUCAUCUUUACUUCAAAAUUCACUACAUGAUUUUUUCCGCUUCUGAUUCAGAGUUAAUAAGGCCGUCGACUUUUGCUAUAUUGGGAUCAACUGCUGUGUUAGCAGGUUCAACGAGAAUGACUUAUUCAUUAGCUGUUAUAAUGCUUGAAACUACAUCAAGUGUAGAUAUUUUUUUGCCAAUCAUCUUUACUUUAUUUGUGUCAUAUGGCUCAGGAACUCUUUUAAUUAAUAAAUCCAUUUAUCGUAGUGCUCUUAGAAGCAAGAAUAUACCACUACUACUAAAAGAUAUUCCAAAGGAAAAUGGGCAUUAUUAGGCUUAGUAGUUGAUGUCAAGUCCAGUGAGAGCUUUUAACUUCAUAGUAAAAGUAUAGGAUGUUUUGUUUUAACUCUCAACAACCACUAUAAAUGGAUUUCCUGUACUUAACUGUCAUAGAAGAGUAAUUGGAAUCAUUGAGAGAGAUACUCUUAUAGUUUUGAUUAAAAAUAAAGCAUGGUAUAGUGUUAAAGGGGAAGUUGAAGAAGUGAAAGAGGCAGAUGUAUAAACUAAUGCUAAAAACAAAACAUCAACAGAGAGAUAUGUUAGUACUUAAAGCAUUAAUAGACUGGAUGAAGAAUAAUUAAUUGACAUGGUUAGUGAUAACACAAUUACAAAUUAAGAGUAAUUGCUGCAUAAAGAUAUGUGGGACAAUCUGACUAGAAGGGAGUACUUAGAUGACAAAGAUUAUGUAAAAUAUCCAUUACAAGAAGACAAACUUUAAUGGGAAGAUCUUAAUUAAAACUUCAAGUCUUUAAUUAGAGAUUACAAGGACAUUUUAGAUAUUGCUAAAGCUAACUUGGAGAGAGAAUUAGAUUUAAGACCCUACAUGAUAGAUAGACCUUUCACAGUUUGCUCUCAAGACAAAUUUUCUAAAGUGCUAAAGAUAUUCAUAUAGAUGUAGCUUAGACAGCUACCAGUAGUAAGCGAGUCUAAUGGGCAAAUAUUAGGUAUAAUCACCAGACAAGAUUUGUUCUAGUACAUGACACUUUGA